ACUUCCGGUUGUAGAUGGCUUGUGUUUGGUGUCCGGUCAACAACACAAAUCAUGAAAUGUGAUUAAAAUCAUCAAUGACGAUGACAAACACUUGAUUAUUGAUCGAUUAAACCCGAUGCGAGAUCAGAAACUGAUCAAACUAAAGCUGCUGGAAAUAUUCACCUCUGUUCUUCAAGUUUACAACAUCUAACAGGAUGAACUCUCCGGGUGAGCGGCGGUGCAUCAGUGUCCAGCAGUCUGACCUCAUGUGUAAGGCAGGAUGCGGUUUCUAUGGUAACACCAUCUGGCAGGGCCUCUGCUCGAAAUGCUGGCGAGAAAAGAAUCAGUGCGUUCGAGCUCCGCAGAUACAGGAUGACCAAGUGCUGGCCGAGAGGUUACAGAGAGAGGAGGAAGCAGCAGCUGCUCGAUCACAGACCUCCGUCACGUCCUCUACAGCGUCCAGUGUGCCCAUCGUGAAGAGACUCUUCACAUCGACUCCCAAAACACCCGUGAGGAGAGACGCAGCAGCUCUCACGACCCCGAUCACACGACACUCAACCUCUGCAGAUGGUGACCCCGUGACCCAACAUUUCAUUGACUUCCUGAAGAGCUUCAACAGAACAGGAUAUGACAUCUUCAGACAGUGUCACGCCUUCGCUGAGAACAUCGCACAUAAAAAGGUUGUUGUUGGUGAAGAGUCUGUGCAGGACUUCUAUCAGAACAUGUCUGAAUAUCUGCAGAACAACCUGAAAGGCUCAUCAGAUGUGCUGGAGCUGGUGAUGGAUGAGGUGGAGCAGUAUGUGAUGGGCCGUCUGUACCAGCAGCUCUUCUGUCCCGACAUCACUGAUGAUGAGCAGAAAGAUCUGAACAUACAGAAGAGAAUCAGGGCUCUGCACUGGGUGUCUAUUGCGAUGUUGUGUGUUCCAGUAGAUGAACAGAUUGCUGCAGUGUCAGACAGUGUGGAGAAAGCUAUAACAGAUCUGAUAGACAUGGACACUAAACGAGUUCCUAAGGAGAAGUUGUGUUGUGUGACGUGCUGCAGUAAACACAUUCUGACAGCAGUUCAGGGCAGUAAGAAAGCAGCGGCAUCGGCGGAUGAUUUCCUGCCCGCUCUGGUUUAUAUCAUCCUGAAGGCCAAUCCACCGCGCUUACACUCCAACAUCCAGUACAUCACGCGCUUCUGCAACCCCAACCGCCUCAUGAGCGGAGAGGACGGAUAUUACUUCACUAACCUGUGCUGUGCUGUGGCGUUCAUCGAGAAGCUGGAUGCGCAGUCUCUGAAUCUCAGUUCUGAAGAAUUUGAGUGCUACAUGUCUGGUGCAGGGUCACCUGAGAGAGCCACUUCCUCCAGCCGCUCCUCACAGAAGUGUGUGUCUGUCCCUCAGAGGUCCGGCCGGGAGCGAGCGCUGGAGUCUGACCUCAUUGAGUGGAGAGACGCUCGUGAACACUCUGUGUUGGGUCUUCUGGACGGAGCAGCUGCUCACACAAACACCUCCAGCAGCUUCUCCAUUGACUCAGAGAACAUCGGUGGAGAUCAGUUGCCUCCUCCACUACAGCCGCAGAAGUUCACCGGAUAGAUCUCGUCUUCACUCAAGAGUUCUUCUCUUUGCAGGUCAUUAUCUGAACACAUGAUGAUCUCAAUUCAAACAAGGUUUUUAUCAGUGGAGCUACAACAAUGACUGAAGUAUUUUAAUCUGACAUUUGAAUUCCAGACAUGUGACAUUUAACAAAGCUGAAGAUUUUUGUGGUAUAUUUGAUAUUUUUUAUAUUUUUGUAAGGUGGAAUGAGCUGGUAAAAUUCAGAUUAUAGAAUUGCAAGUUCAAAUUUUCAGGUUAAGUCAAAAAAAUUUCAAAUCUGUCAUAUUCAGAGCUCAGAAAUUCUAAACAAACUAGGUCAAAGGUCAAGCAGCGCUGGUUAUUUACUUGUGCCCCCCAGUGAUCAGAGUAUAAAUUAAGAAAUUAACAUUGGCCAUAAAUAAUAUCAGUGCUGUAAAAGUUUUGUCCAGUGUACUUCACGUUAUAUAUUCUGUCAAUAUAAAGUCUGCAAUGACAAGAAGUGAAAGAAAUGUAAUAAAUUAAUGAAAGUGAAUGACUUCAUUCUGUCUGAAAACACUUUUGCUUCCAUGUAGCAGCAAUAUUUCAAUGCAGUAACGGAUACAAUGCUUUUACUACAAUGUUCAUUUGUCUCGUGCCGCACGGGUCUGUUUAGUCAAUGUCACGCUGAUGAGUAAAUUACCCAGCUUUACUUGACCUUUGACCUAGUUUGUUUACAAUCUGAAUUUCUGAGCUCUGAAUGGAAGACAUUUGUAUUUGGAGUUCUGAAUUUCAUUUCCAAAUUUCUAAAUUUAAAUCUACAUAAUCCAAAUUUAUACGGCUAAUUUCACCUCUAAACAAAUAAAAAUGUGUUUAAAAUUUCAAAUUUAUAAAAUACGCCACACAAAUCUUCAGGGUUGUUCAAAUGAACAGAUUUCAGUUUCAGAUCCUUUAGUCAUUGUUAUACAUUUAUUAAUAUACUCACAGUCUUGCGUAGACAAUGUUUGACUGCCUGUUAAUAAUAAAGAUGUGUGAAGAGAUCAGAAAGAAUGUAAGGGUGUCAAGAACAUGUCCUGUAUAUAUUUCACCCUGAAAAUAAAAGGAAAUUAAUUAUAUUUUGAAGAAAAUGAAACCUGUUUUAAUACCAUUAAAUGUAAGUUUUAAUUUUGACAUUUUCAUGACAAACACAUUUUCCAAAUGAUAUCUUUACAUUGUAGUGUUUAUACCUCAUGAUAGUAUUUGUUGUACUACCUUUAUGCUUAUUUAAAAAAUAAAAACAAUACUUUGUUCCAGUAAUGUGAAUCGCUGUUGAGAGAAAAAAAAAAAAAAAAACGCUGUAAAAUGUCCCGCACAUUAAAGACAUUUUGGGUGGGAAAUAUGUUUGUCAUGAAAAUAAUGUCACAAUACAAAAAAUCUAAAUGAUCCUAAAAAUAGGCUCAUUUUCUCAUUUAUUUUUGUAACUGAACAAUAAGAGUGUUGAAUUUAACAACAUACUGGUGACUGCAGUUUUUGCUGGUGAUCAUAAAUAUGAUUUUUCUUUUGCACUGUAUAAUUUAUUACAACAUAUCAGUUAUUGAGAGUAUAUAUUUAUUUGAGGUUUCCUCAUGAGUCUAUAUGUUAUAUUAGGUGAUUUGAAAACAUGGACAUUGAAUGCAGAUAACUGAUGUGGCAGUGUAAUCUUUAUUUUGGUUAUUGUUAAAGGGUUUAUGAAAGCACAUGGACAUGAACUUCAGUCCCUGCUGUGCUGAAACAGAUAACAGUUCCAUAGCAAGUGGAUUUCAUGAAGAAUGAAGACAAAGUUAUUACAAAAAACAUAUUUAAGUGUUUAUGUAACUUUUUAAGAAAAACUGUUACAGUGUGAAAACAAGAUUUCAUUAUUCAAUUGGAGAAUUAAACAUAAAUUAUUUAUUUUAAACAUACUUGUAUGCAAAAGUUGUAAUUUUGUUGUUGUAUGUAACUUCCAUCAUGGGCAGUUUUUGACUCAUUUAGUUAUCCAAAUAAUCCUGAUAUGAAGCAAUAAAUGAGAAUUAUGAGAAA